GGCGCGCAGCCGCGGCAUUGCGUUGACAGGCUCCAGCCAUGGCGGACGUGCCGCCUGAGGUCCUCGAGCUGAACGUAGGCGGCGUGCACUACGCGACUACACGUGAUACGCUGUUGCGCGAACCAGACUCGCUGCCCGCCGCCGCGCUUGAAGAUUCCGAACAUCCGCGCGAUGCUCGCGGCCGCAUCUUUUUCGACCGCGACGGUGUUCUCUUCCGAUACGUGCUAGAUUAUCUCCGUGAUGGCGGGCUCGUGCUUCCUGAAUGCUUUCGCGAGCACAAACGUCUCGCGCGGGAAGCCAGACAUUACAGGCUUCCCGGACUCGAGAAUGCGGUGAGGGAAGCGGAUCCCCGACCUCCUAAUCGUGAGCGUGGCUGCAUUACGGUGGGAUAUCGAGGCAGUUUUGCUUUCGGGAGAGACGGUCUCGCUGAUGUUAAAUUCCGAAAAUUAUCACGCAUAUUGGUGUGCGGAAAGGUGACGUUAUGUCGAGAUGUGUUUGGAGAAACGUUGAAUGAAUCGCGAGAUCCUGACCAUGGCUUGGCUGACAGGUAUACUUCGAGAUUCUUUUUGAAGCAUUCUUUCAUAGAGCAAGCCUUUGACAUGCUUCAAGAACAGGGGUUUAAGUUGACGGCGAGCUGUGGUAGCGGAACGGCUGGAGGUGCGGCUGGUGAAUUGAAACCCGGAGUUGAUUCAGAGGAAAAUCGCUGGAAUCACUACAACGAAUUUGUUUUCGUACGCGAAUAAUAUUAACCUGUUCGCUAUCAGCUGAUGAUGUUAUCAUAACAAUCUCAGGUAACGUGGGAGGCGUACGUUGAAUAACAGGAGUAGCCGGAUAUUUUAGUAUCUGUUCGAUUUGUAGUAUGUUAAACUCGUAAUGUAUUUUACAUUAGGUGAUAGAUAAUGUACUUACUGAUUUCUCAUUUAGAUUUUAAUGAGACGUUAAAGAAACCUAUUUAAUUCAGCAAUUGAUAAAGAUUUAGAUGCAUUGUAGAUAAAAAUACAUUCAUAAUUAUUGUAAUCAAAUUAGAUGUGUAAUAAUAAUAGAGAUAAAUGUAAAAAUAAAAAAAACGUUUUGUAGACUAAAUUAUAUAUUGAAAUUUGUAGAUUUAUCUUUUGAAUUGUGUACCAAGUACGUACUUGAAAUUGUCAAAUUCUGUAUAAACAUUAAUUUAGAAAUAUAUAUAAAAAAUCUAUAUGCCAAAAAUU